AUGAAUGCAGAACUCGGUGGUAUGAUGCACAUUUCCAGCAAUCACGACUCCCACUCUCACAUGUGGGCAGCUGAGACAAUGUCGCACUACCUCGAGUUUCUGAAAACGGAAAUCCGCCGCAAGAGGCAGUCCCUCCAGCUGGAUGCCACACACAAGGCCCUGGUGCUCUGCGACGCAGCGUCCGUGCACUCCACCGCACGGUUCGCCAAGAUUCGCAAGACCUUCGAGAAGGAGGCAAAUGCAAUCUUGAUCCACGGCAAGGACGAAGAUGGCGACGGGCUGCACAUUCCUGGGGGCUGGGGCGCAGCUGGAGCCCCCAACGACGCGUGGCAUCAGUUUUUCCACUCCAUUCGGCGGAGUUGGAUGAGGGUCGCAUCGGGUUCAGCAGACAUCGCAGCCUUGCGGCGAGUGCUGCACACAACCGAGCUUUCCGUGGACGGCAACCCCAGGUUUGAGCCCUCUGCACGCAAUACUGUACAGUACAGUAUUCUGCAGUACUGUAUUGUUGUUCUGUACUGUACACUGUACUGUACAGUGCAGUGUCGCUUGCUCUACCACAAGGUGCUGUAG